GAAUCUCAUCGUCUGAGCAAAUCGAAAUGGACAGCUGCUUUUGUCUUUCCCACUCGCAAACUAGUCCUUGGACUUUGAGCACCAUCUGAUUGGUGAGGCUCUUAACUGACCAUGACAAGUCCUCCAGCGAUAGAAUACAUACAAUCGCAUGUGCUUGAGCAAUUGUCUCAACACCGAUCACGUUUUCCUGCUAGUCAAUCCGUCCCACCUCUAUUCAUCGCUGUUCAAGGGCCUCAGGGAAGUGGAAAGACUUAUCUGACUACCCUCCUACAAAGAUCGCUUUCUGCCCCACCUCACAGCCUUUCUGUGGUUGUCCUUUCAAUUGAUGAUCUUUACCUGCCUCACGAUCAGCUUAACGCGCUUGCACAGGCGAAUCCGAAGAAUGCGUUGUUGCGAGGUAGAGGGCAGCCUGGAACUCAUGACGUUGAGCUCGGAACGCGUAUCCUCACUCGGCUGAAAGGCAUCAAUGAGGAUGGCUCUAGCAGCAUGGUCGAAAUUCCUAUCUUCGAUAAGAGCUUGUUCAACGGAGAAGGCGAUCGUCUGCCUGAAGGUACCACUGUUCGUAGACCUGUAGAUGUAGUCCUUUUUGAGGGUUGGUGCGUCGGUUUUCAUCCGACCACCCAGGAGGAAAUCGAUCGACGCUGGGAAUCGCCUGUGCAGGGUCUCGGUCCCGACUUUUUCCCAAGUCGAGGCUUCCGUAAAGAGGAUAUCGUGGACAUAAAUGAACGGUUGAAGACAUAUUCUCACUGGUGGUCUUUCUUCAACGCUUUCAUUCAGAUAAAGCCAUUAGAGUCUCAUCCUUACGUUCACAUCUACAAGUGGAGACUACAGCAAGAGCAUAACAUGAAGGCCGCGAAUGGCGGCCGAGGAAUGACAGAUGCUCAAGUCGAAGCAUUCAUCGACCGCUAUAUUCCUGGUUAUGUCUUCUUCGGAGAUGGGGUAACGAAGGGUGAACUUCAGAGUGACGGGUCUAGACAUCCUCCGCCAUGGAUCGGAAAUGGACUUUGCAUACAAAUCGACGAGAAUAGGGAUAUAGUGGAUGUAAGCAGGUUCUGAAUUGAUGACAGAAGCUAGAGAGACAUUUGCCCAUUUACCGUCUACUUGAACUGAUAUCAAGCUACUGCUUGCCUUGCCACCGGUGCAAACGGAGGUCACAUUUCGCGUUUCUUCCGGAAAUCCCCUCGAUGUGCCACAAUAUUCAUGAGCAUUCUUCGAGACGUCUGUCGACAAGUUCAUACAGAGCCGAACACCCGAUGUCGGAUGAUAUUCAUCAAGUCAUGUUACGGAAGUCCAAGACAUUCAACUUCUGCCAUCCAGCCUCGGACCUGGUUGUCGUACCCAAAGUGUUCCCUCAAUACAGACCUCAAGGAAUG